CCCCUGCCGCCGCCGCCUCCCCAUUUGCUCCCUGCCUGCGGGUUUAACUUGGAGGCAAACGACGUAGAAACCCAUAUUGCAUCCAUGUUUGGGAAAAGAUAGUUACUGCAGACAAGAGGGGAUCAAACACUGACAAGAAGAUGAGUAUGUUAAAACCGAGUGGGCUUAAGGCCCCCACCAAAAUCAGCAAGCCUGGAGGCGCAUUACUGAAAAUAGCUGCAUCAGCUGCUCCUGCCCCGUCAGAAAAGACAGCAGCCUGUGAGAAGACACCAGCUGCACCCACUUCAGAAGCACAGGAUGAGUUUGUGGAUGACUUCAGAAUCGGGGAGCGUGUUUGGGUCAAUGGGAAUAAGCCUGGUUUUAUUCAAUUCCUGGGAGAAACACAAUUUGCUCCUGGACAGUGGGCAGGGAUUGUUUUGGACGAACCCAUUGGCAAGAAUGAUGGGUCUGUGGCUGGAGUUCGGUAUUUCCAGUGCGAGCCUCUAAGGGGAAUUUUUACGAGACCCUCUAAGCUAACACGGAAAGUAGUGACUGAGGAUGAAGCCAAUGGUACGCAGGCCUCUUACGCUUCCCGGGCAACUUCGCCAACCUCUGUGUCAGCUGCUAGCCUCGUGUCUUCACCGUCUGCAGCAGUGCACCUGCCCCCCACAGGUAUUCCCCAUAAGACAUCGCCUCCUACUGCUAAGGAACUCCCCACUUCUCAAAUUACCAAUCUUUCCAAAACAGCAAGUGAAUCCAUAUCAAACCUUUCUGAAGCUGGCUCUCUGAAGAAAGGAGAAAGAGAACUCAAAAUGGGGGACAGAGUUUUGGUUGGUGGAACGAAAGCUGGCGUAGUCCGUUUCCUGGGGGAGACCGACUUUGCGAAGGGAGAAUGGUGUGGUGUUGAAUUAGAUGAACCCCUAGGGAAGAACGAUGGUGCAGUAGCUGGAACAAGGUACUUCCAGUGCCAGCCCAAAUAUGGUUUGUUUGCCCCUGUCCAUAAAGUUACCAAGAUUGGCUUCCCAUCGACUACACCGGCCAAAGCCAAGGCAGCGGUCAGGAAAGCCAUCCCAAUGCCCUCAAGCUUGAAACGCAGCCCAAGUGCCUCUUCCGUCAGCUCACUGAGUUCUGUGGCAUCAUCAGUAAGCAGCAAGCCAAGCCGUACAGGACUAUUGACAGAAACAUCUUCACGAUAUGCAAGGAAGAUUUCAGGCACCACUGCUCUGCAGGAAGCGCUGAAAGAGAAACAGCAGCACAUUGAGCAGCUCCUGGCUGAGAGGGACCUGGAGAGAGCAGAGGUUGCUAAGGCCACCAGCCAUGUUGGGGAAGUAGAGCAACAGCUGGCAUUGGCACAAGAUGGCCAUGAUCAGCGAAUACUGGAAAUGGAGGCUAAGAUGGACCAGUUGAGGGCUUUGGUUGAAGCCGCGGACAGAGAAAAGGUGGAACUGCUUAACCAACUGGAGGAAGAAAGAAGGAAGGUUGAAGACCUCCAAUUCCGUGUAGAAGAGGAAUCCAUUACAAAAGGCGAUUUAGAGCAAAAGAGGCAGAUUUCUGAAGAUCCUGAGAAUACGCAGACCAAACUGGAGCAUGCGCGCAUUAAGGAGCUUGAACAGAGCCUGCUCUUUGAAAAGACCAAAGCUGAGAAACUCCAGAGGGAGUUAGAAGACACUAGGGUGGCCACUGUAUCAGAAAAAUCUAGGAUCAUGGAACUGGAAAGAGAUCUAGUACUGCGGCAGAAAGAAGUAACUGAGUUACGAGCAAGAUUAGAGUCCAGUAAGCCAGCCAGCAAUGUGGACACUUCUCUCUCACUGCUGCAAGAAAUCAGCACACUGCAAGAGAAGAUGGCACUGCUAAGCAAGGAGCAUCAGGAUGAGGUGAAGUCAUUGAAAGAGAAGCUUGGAAUCAGUGAAGAGUCAUGCCAUAAGGAAAUUAAAACCUUGUUGGCAUCCAAUGAAAAGAUGUUGAAAGAGAACGAGUCCCUGAAAAUGAAGCUGGAUACUGCCCACAAGGAGAAUUCAGAUGUGAUUGAGUUAUGGAAAUCCAAGCUGGAGUCUGCCACUGCUUCACAUCAUCAAGCAAUGGAAGAGCUGAAGACCUCUUUCAGCAAAGGAGUUGGGGCUCAGACAGCUGAAUUUGCAGAGCUCAAGACCCAGAUUGAGAAGAUGAGAGUGGAGCAUCAGCACGAAACAUCAAACCUGAAACUAAAGCAAGAAAACGAGAGGCUGCAUCUCCUGAAGGAGAUUGAAACUCUGAAAGAGAAGCUGCUGGAAGUCACAGAGGACAAGGAGAGAAGCCUGGAGGCCUUGAACACCAAAUUAGAAAGUGCUGAAGAUCAGCAUUUGGUGGAAAUGGAAGACACUCUGAACAAGUUACAGGAGGCCGAGAUAAAGGUAAAGACGCUAGAGGGGCUCCAGGCCAAGUGCACAGAACAAGCCAAGAUGAUUGAUAAUCUUAAAGCAAAGAUCAAAGGCACUGAAGCAAAGCUCUUGGAACUAGAUGCUCUUCAGGUGGCAAGUUCUGAAGGUAAACUGGAGCUGGAGAAGCUUAGCAAGGAGCUUGAGGCAGCUGAAAAAAAGAUACAGAGUUUAGAGAAUGACAGGAAUAAUGAAAGUAGCCAGGCUAUUAGUCUGGUCAAAGAACUACAAGCGAAAGAGCAAAAGAUUCUUGAUCUUGAAAAUCACUUGGGUGAAGUAAAUCAACUUAAAGAUUGUUUGGCAAAGGAGCUUGAAGAUUUGAAAGAAAAAUUUACUGAGGCUGGUGAUGAGGCAGAAAGUAUACAAAAAUCUAUGCAAGAAACUGUUGAAAAACUAAACCAAAAAGAGCAACAAUUUGCACACAUGUCAUCUGAACUGGAUCAGCUGAGAUCUAACUUGGCAGCCAUGGAGAAGAAAAUGAAAGAAAGAGAAGAGAGAGAACACCAGCUGAUCGAGGCCAAAGCCAAACUCCAAAAUGAUAUAGCCGAAAUAAUGAAAUCCUCGGGAGACAGUUCUUCACAGCUUACAAAGAUGAAUGAUGAUCUCCGGCAAAAAGAGAAGCAAGUAGAGGAGCUUCAGCUUCAGCUCACCAAGGCAAGUGAGAGAGCUUCUCAGCUGCAGGAAAAUGUGGAGCAGGCGACACGUAAAGCUGAAGAGGAACAAGAGGAAGUGCACAAAAAGCAUCAGGCUGAACUGCAAAAGAUGCAGGACAAAUUAAGCAACCUGGAGAAGAAAAUUUCGGCUGGCCAAAAUCAGUAUAAAGAUCUGCAGACAACGCAUAAAAGAACGCAUUCAGAGAUGGCCGCCAAGCAUGAUGCAGCCAUCAAGGAGCUGAAGCAACAACUUCAGGAAACGCAACAGCUAUUGGCAACUGCACAAAAGGUGAACAGUGACUUAGAGAAACAGACCAAGGAGCUGAAAAAGGAAGCAGAGCAUGCAAAGUCCUUAACCUCUGUGUUAGCAGCAGCCAGAAAAGAGAUUGAACUAAUGUCAGAGGAGAUGAGGGCUUUGAUAUCAGAGAAAGAAACCUUGGCACAGGAGGGGAAUGCUUUAAAAUUAGAAAAAGGUUCCUUGUUAUCAAAACUUGUAGAGUUGGAGUCCAAGACUGGGUUAUUAAAACAAGAUCAGGAAAAGCUUUGGACAGUGAAUGAAGAACUUAACCUAGAGAACAAAAAAAUCAUAAAGGAGAAACAAGAAGCUGAGAAUAAAACUCAGCAGGAAAAAACUAAAAAUGAUGAAUUAAUUUCUGAGAAAGGAAAGUUGCUCUUAGAAAUAGAGGCAGCCCAAGAUGAUCUUCUUAAAAUAACUAGAGAGAAUGAUGCUCUACGCACCUCAAAGGUGGCUCUCCUCCACCAGGUGGAUGAGCUCCAGACCCAUAGAGAUGCCUUGGCACAGGAAUGUCAGAAGCAUAUCUGCCAAAGGGAAGAGCUCCAGGAUUGCCAGAGAAAGCUUUCCGAGGAAAAUGCUGCUCUUCUCAAAGAUAAGGAUGACGUCAUUCAGAAGCUAAAGAGUUCUUAUGAAGACAUGGCCAGGGACCAAAAAGAGCUGCUUCAAGAAGUCACUUCCCUGGCUGCUGAGCGGGACUCGCUCUUAGGGAAACACUUGGAUCUCGAAAACCAGAAUGUGGCUUUGAAAAGAGAAAGGGAUAAUCUAUUGCAGACUAGCCAGGAUCUACAGUCAGAUAAGGAGACUCUCCUGGAAAGCCAGGAAGAGCUGCAUAAAAGCUUAGAGCAGGCUCUAGAUGAAAAGCAGAAGCUUGAGGUGAAAAGUGAAGGCCUGCACACUGAUCUAGAAGCAGCAAAUAAGGAACUGAAAAAGCUUACCAAAGACAAGGUUCAACUGCAGGCUGCUCAUGCCAGCCUUUCGAAGCUCCUAGAAGAGAUCAAGGCCAGUAGGGAGUCAACAGACUCUGAAUGUAUUCAGUUACUGCAAGAGAAGGAAGCCUUGUUUUCUGCUGAGAGGAGGCUUUCGAGUGAAAGAGAAGAGCUUUUGAAUGAAAACAAGGCCCUUUCUGAAAAGCUGGCUAAUGUCUCUGAAAAUGCCACUCUUUCCGAGAGGAUGCUGAAUGAAAAGCUAAGCCAGAUGAGCGCAGAGAAGGAGUUGACUUCUCAGAAGUCCUCAAAGCUCAAGAAGCAGAAUGAGAACCUUCUGAAGGAAAAGGCCAUUCUGGAAGCAAAAUGUGCUGAGCUUCUUUCAGAGAAGCAGUCUGUGACCAAAGCCCUAUGCGACUUGAAGAGGAAACAUGAAUUGGACAUCUCUGCAAAGCGGAUGCUCACUCAAGAAAAGGCCAGACUCCAGGGCAGUGUUGAAACUUUGAAGCAAGAGCUUGACCAAAAAACGGAAGAAAACCAAGAGCUUGCUAGCUACAAAUGUGAGCUGUCCAAAAUCCUGAAAGAGACCCAGAGCGCCAAAACAGUGUUAGAAAAUGAGUAUUCUGCUUUGCUUCAUGCCAAGCAACUGUUAGCAGCUUCAUUUAAAAGUAGUUCUUCUGAGAAAGAGCUACUGAGCCAAGAGAAGGUUCGGUUGCAAGAGGAAUGUCAAAAGUUGAGUAAAGAGUUCAAAACGGUCCAUGAUAAUCUGAUAAUAGAACGGGACAGUAGGAAGCUGGAAAAAGAGUCCUUUGUGGUAGAGAACACACAGCUUCAUAACAGUGUCAGCCAGUUAGAGACUGAGAAUGAACAGCUAACAUCCCAAAACAAGGAGCUGUUGGCUGAGAGGGAUAAGCUGAAACAAGAGAAGUUAAAAUCUGAAUCUAAACUGGAGGAAAUUAUGAAGGAAAAGGAGAUCCUUAGGGUUGAAACAGAUCAGCUCGCAUCCAAUAUUGAGAAGUUGAAGGGUGAAUUUGUGGCAUUGACGAAGUCCAAAGCUGAGCUCCAGGAACUGCACAGCUGUGUCUCCAAGAUCCUAGAAGAUCUCCGUUCCAGCCAUGAAACAUCUGAACUGGAACGUGUUAAACUUCUUCAGGAGAAUGAGAUUCUGCUUUCCGAGCAGAAACAUCUGAUCACAAUAAAAGAAGAAAUAUUGAAAGAGAAAGAAAAGUUCUCUGAAGACUACUAUAAGCUUCAUGAGGAGAUAACACUUCUAGCACAGGCCAACAGUGAGCUGUCAGCCAGCCUCUUGGCAUCUCAGAAUAAAAACCUGGUGCUCCAGAAAGAAAAGGAUGAGCUUAUAUUGAAACUGAAAGAAUUCGAGAAUCUUCAGGCACAUGCGGCAAUGCAAAGAUUUGAGACUGCACAAACAGCAGAAGAUGCUUUGCAGAUAGUUGAACAGGUGACCAAAGAGAAGGAAGUCCUUCAUAAAGAGAAGAUGGAUACUUUGACCUCACUGGAGGAUUCCAGGCAGGCUAAUCAGAAGCUGCAGAAGGAGUUGGAUGCCCUUAAAGGAAGUGCUCUAAAGAGCAAAGAAGAGCUGAACAAGUCUCAGGAGCUCCUCAAAACAGAGAACAAGAAAAUGGAAGAGAUGAGAAAAGAACUAGAAGUACUAAAGCUGGUGGAGGCUGAGAAGUCCCAGCAGCUUGCUGUCUUGCAAGAAGAGAACAUUAAACUUGCUGAGGAGCUUGGCAAAGGGGAAGUCACCAGUCACCAGAAGCUGGACGAAGAAAGAUCUGUCCUUAAUAACCAGUUGCUAGAGAUGAAAAAGAGAGAAUCUGACUUAAAAAAAGAAAUUGAUGAAGAGAGAACAUCCUUGCAGAAAUCCAUCAGUAUUACUAGUGCCUUGAUCACAGAGAAAGAUGAAGAACUGGAAAAACUCAGAAAUGAGGUGACCGUGCUCCGUGGAGAGAAUGCCACUGCGAGGAAUUUGCAUUCCGUAGUUCAGUCUCUGGAGUCUGAUAAGUUGAAACUUGAACUAAAAGUAAAGAAUCUGGAGCAGAAGCUCAGAGAGAGCCAGAAACAACCACGUAGCUCCUCAGAUGACACAGCCAGUGAUGACCUCCAGGAUGAAAAUAACCAAGAAAGCCAGCAUAUGAUUGACUUUCUAAAUUCAGUGAUUGUGGAUCUUCAAAGGAAAAAUGAAGAACUGAAAUUGAAAGUGGAAAUGAUGUCUGAGGCAGCACUCAAUGGCAAUGAGGAAGAAGCUAUUAAUUAUGACAGUGAGGAAGAAAAUCAAGUCAAGAAGAAGCCUCGCCUUUUCUGUGACAUUUGUGACUGUUUUGAUCUCCAUGACACUGAAGAUUGUCCAACUCAAGCACAGGCGUUAGACGAACCUCCACAUUCAACUUACCAUGGCAGCCGAAAAGAAGAGCGCCCCUAUUGCGAAAUCUGCGAAGUGUUUGGGCACUGGGCUACAAAUUGCAAUGACGACGAGACCUUCUGAUGCAGGAGAGGACCAGGGAAAAGAAACUUUGCUCUGUGCAUUAGUCGGACCAUGUCCACCCCCAGCCAUUGAGGGGGCUGAUGACGCCGGAAAGAAAAGGACAGCCACCCUUGCCCUCCCCAACCUCUUCACAACCAACAGACAUAAGAGAUAUUUUGGUCUUCCAUAGCAAAAUAACUUUAUACUGCCCUAAGUUAAAUGAAAAUAGAAAUAAAUAAUUUACUAGGCAGAUUGCUGCCAUUUUCUUUUCCAACUUCUGGGUUUGCAUUAUCUUUAAAGAGGAACUUCCCAUAUGUCAUGUUGUUUAGCUGUAAGGGGGAAACUGCAACACUCUAGUUGUUUUAGCUUAUUUAAAGACCUUUAAAAUUAUGCUGUUAAUUUUCAUAUUUGCACUAUGCUCUUAAAGCUGCAGUUGUACGUUUUUAGAUUUUGUAAAGUUUUCAACACUGGAAUGAGUUAAGAGAUAAGCUCUUCUUUAUUAUUUUCAUCUGCUCAGUUAUCUCUUGUUCAAAGAAUAUGUGAGCUCCGGUGCGCUACCUAGAGAUCAGUAGUGCCUUUAUUUCAGCAAGAUUUCUUAACGGUGUGAAAUUUUGUUUAGAAAAAUAUCAUGAAGCAGGUAAGCCAACAAGCUACUGUGCAGAAACUUUUUUAUAACAAAGCCUCUAAGCUGCGCACAUGGACGGACCUCCCUUUCCACGUUCUUUCAGCUUCUGUAGAGUUGUACAUAAUAAGUACAUAUAUAAAUAUAUUUAAGAAAAAGGUUUAUAUUUUGGAAAAUUCUUGUUGUCUUCAGUGCUUCUGUUCAUCUGAACUCCUCAGAGAACCUUUGUGCACAGCACAGUCACUUGAUUUAAUAACGUUAGAUAACCUCAAUCUUGGGAGAUUUUUUCUGACUGAGUUUAUUUUGUGUGUUUGCAAAAAAAGAAAAAUCUUCCAGCAAAUUUGUAUCCUGUAAAAGGUUUUUAUUAAAGCCCAUUCACAAAUCAAGACUUUUUAAAUGAACGAAUAAUUUAUUUAUUUCCCCCUUGGUCUGAAUUUAUUUCCAGAAGAAUGUAAAACAGAAAAUUCAAUAUUUAAGAAUUAUGGAUUUUCUAAGAAGCAAAAAAA